AAAAUGGGGAACUAGGGAGAACACUUUCAUUUCCUUCUCUGUUUUCUUAAUAAAACCCGCACGCAACUGUUUCAAAGGGGGAAGUUUUAUUAGAGGCUCGAUAUAAGUUUCUUAACGGUGAGUUUUAAUCAUUUAAAAGACUUUGCAGAGUUUGUCGUUGUAGCGAAGUUCAUCGUUACCAGUUUGGAGCAGUGCGGCCGCCAGAUGGCAGCAGUGAUCACUGAAGAUAACGUGUACAGCGAGGCUGAAGUCAACGACGCGCUCCCUGCUGGUGGAGAUGAUCACGUGCAGCUGCCCGGUCCUGAAGGAAACAUACAGGGACAGGUGGAGGAGUUUCUCGGCCCACAUCCUGACUACGAUGAGGAGGAAGAGGAGCGCAAGUACUACAGACGAAAGAGGCUGGGUGUAGUGAAGAAUGUGGUGGGGGCCAGUUGCGGAGGAAUGAUCAUCUACAGUGUUUACAUGGGUCUAUUACAGAUGCAGUUAAUUCUGCACUACGAUGAGACGUACCGAGAGGUCAAGUAUGGCACCCUAGGGCUGGAGGAUAUCGACAACAAAAUGCUGAUGGGCAUCAACGUUACGCCUAUCGUCGGCUUGCUCUACACACCGGUGCUCAUUAGAUUUUUGGGGACUAAAUGGAUGAUGUUCCUAGCUUCAGGCAUCUAUGCUCUUUUUGUUUCAACCAAUUACUGGGAGCGAUACUACACUCUUGUUCCAUCAGCUGUGGCCAUUGGUGUUGUCAUUGUUCCUCUGUGGGCAUCCUUGGGAAACUACAUUACAAGAAUGGCCCAGCAGUACUAUGAGUAUGUGAACUAUAAGGACGAACAUGUCCAGGAGCAGAAGAAGCCCCCCAAAGGAGCCUUCCAUCCUUACAUCAUAAUUUUCCAGUCCGUCUUCUACAUUGUUUUCCAUCUGAGUUUCGUGUUCGCCGAGUUCCCCAUGGUGCUGUUCCUCAAUAACUAUCUGAAUGAUUACAAUCACACUCUCUUCAAAGUCACACAGUGUGGUGCUAGUGGGAAAGGCGUGAUAGAGAAUUUCAACAAGACAGUUUUGCGCAGUUUGCCUCGCUCUCUGCUGCUCAUCGAGGUGGAGAGUGUGCUCAUGGGGGCAGCCUUCCUUGCCAUGCUUAUUUUCCUGGUGUUGUGCGGAGCUGCAUAUCGGCCCACAGAGGAAAUUGACCUUCGCAGCAUCGGCUGGGGGAACAUCUUCCAGCUGCCCUUCAAGCACUUACGUGACUACCGUAUCCGUCUGCUCUGUCCGUUCUUCAUCUACUCUGGCUUUGAAGUGCUGUUCGCCGUGCAGGGACUCAUACUGUCAUAUGGAGUGUGUUCGGUCGGGAUGGAGAAGCUGUGGUUGUUGGUUAUGGUGUAUGGUUUGUCAUCCUCAAUCUGUUCGGGCCUGGCCCUGAUGCUGCUGCGCUUUCCCAGGCCGGUUAUUCUUCUGUCGGGAGCUUUCGUGCACUUUGUGCUAAUCAUAACCCUUAUGUGCUGGUCGCCCCAACCCAAAACACCUAGCUAUCUUCCCUAUCUGUUGGUGCUCGCUGCCCUCUGGGGUCUGGGCACUGCUUGCAACAAGACUGGACUGAGCAUUUUGCUGGGGAUGCUGUAUGAAGACAAGGAGCGACUAGACUUUGUUUACACCAUCUACCACUGGUGGCAGGCCAUUGCCAUCUUCAUCGUCUACCUUUGGUCUUCAUUUCCUAUGCGAGUCAAGCUCGGACUCCUGUUGUUUGCUCUCAUAGUGGCAUCUUUAUGCUACGUGCAGAUGGAGCGUCGCCUGGCGAAGAAAAUCCCGUUUAGGUUGCCACGGAUUCCGCGCCCACGACACAAGGUCAAAGGUUACCGAUACAUUGAGGAAGAAAAUUCUGAUGAAUCAGACACGGACCUGAGUGAUGCUGACGAUGAUGAGAAAGAGGAGGAUGAGAGAAUGUUGGUUAAGGAGGACAACAAUGCAGACGGCGAUUCCCAGGGUUCACCGGGACCAGAGAGGAGCGGGGUUAGGGACCGCAGGAGGAGACAAGACAACGCUGCCUACGAGCAGGCCGGAGAGAGAGAAGACUAUGUCCAACAUACGAGGGAAUAGAAAAGGAGAGGUGAAAGAUGAGAGGAAGUUGUAAAAUACUGAAUAGCCAGAA